GCUGAAUGUCUGGGUCUCUCAUCCCUGCAAUCCGUCGCCACCAGCGUGGACAUGUACACAAAUGCAUAUGGGUCACAUCAAGGCGACCGACGCCCCAAGGCCCAAAACCGCAUACGUCCUCUCUACGUCCUAAUGCAAUGAAGGCUAUGCUACACUCGCGCACACACCCUGAACAUCUAUCUCUCUAUCGAUGAUGCAUGCACAGCAUCAAGACACGUCGACGAACACCAUCCGCAAAGAACGGCCGUACAUGUGGACAACUCGCACGUACUAGGAAGUCACAUACAUCAGGAACACACACGUGUAUGCAUUCAUGCAAUCUCUCGACAAAAACGGCCAUAAGACAUACGUGGGUGCGUGAGCGAAAGAGUGUGAGACAGCGCGCAUGUAUCAAUAUGCCGCCAUAUGUAUAUUCCAAGACUCAGCAGGAGGUAAACAGAUACACACAUGUGUCAGACGUAUAUAUACACACACAGUAUGGUGCUUACUCAUAUGGACGGACAAAUACACAUGUCAAGUACGUACGUACAUAUACGUGAGCAGGACACACACAGUGGCCCACUUGUCUGUGUGUCACCCACCCACACAUCCACCCACUGUCCCACCCACGCAAAACACCGCAAUGUCUCAGGCGCUGACGUCCAUCUCGUGCCUGUUGCUCUGCUCCUACUCCUCGCAGCAUGGUGACGGGUCAAGGCCGCACAACGCCUGGAACACACACAGGAAUACACAAUGAACAUGAGUGCUAAUUGUUUGCUGUUUAAUUUCUCACCCUGGAAUGUACGCAGAGGGUCAGCACAGCACACAUGCACACAUGCGCAGGCAUACACAGCGAAUGCAUGCGCACGUGUUUGCGUUUGCGCCUUGUCUCCACUGACCCUGGGGAGCCCAUGAUCCCGCACACCCAUACCACUAACAUGAACCCUGUAUACAUUACAUGAAUGACACGACAUGAAAGCAUCGCCUCCACCCGAUGAGCUGUAUGCGUACCCAUGGCGAAAUACACACCGCCGUAGCUGCCGAAUUCCACGUUCUCAUGGAACGCCGCGAAUCCUGUAGCACCGACAAACCCCACGAUGUGUGCGUUGGGUGAAUCGGCAUCCUGCACGUACCGCCCAGAGUUGAGUAGAAGCACUGAGCAGCGUAGAACGACGGAACGGCCACAUUGGCCUUUCCGGAGUUCAUGGCCAUAGAAAGGAACAUCGCCUGACCAACCAGGUCCAGAUAAACGGCCAUAACAAUGUGUGUGUGGUGUGUGCCAGGCAGGUGCCGACUUGAAAGAGCCCGCAAACGGGAAGUGAAAGACAUGUGGCGACCGCAGGGCCCCACAGCAGGACCUCUUGCUGGACACACAGACAAACAGACAGACAGGCACUCACAAAGGACACGCAUGUGAUAUGGGGUUGUGAGCGAUACAUACCUUGCCGUACAGAAUGAGCUGCUUCAUCAGCAGCGGUGCCUGUGAGCCGAUAAUGCCACCCAGGACGCCGUACAGGAGUGCUGACACACACACAGCACGCACAGAUUUGUCGCCCUACUUGUGAUGGACGCUCCACCUACUGAUCCAGUCUCCUGCAUCGUCCUCUGGGCUGUCAGGCUGCUGCUCGACGUCGUCUUUUUCGGCAUCCAGGAUGGGUUCCAAUUCCCGCGGCGAACUCUCCUCCCUGUUGACAGGACAAUCAGUCUCUGGAGAGGUCGCGCUGAUGGCUAUGUCAUGCACCCACCCCUGUGUGUCCUGGCCCUCAUUGUGGUUCUCUCUGUCCUGGCCAAAGCAAGACCUACAGCACUGGCCAAACCACGACCUACAGCACACAACAGAGAAGGAUGAAUGUGUGGAUCGUUUGAUGCCGUGUACGCACCAGAAGGCUGCGAAUCGUUCAAGCAUCUGGCCAUCGAUGUACCAGAGGGACACUAUGCACACCCCGGCGGAGGCGACCCAAAGGAGCAUGUACAUCAGGUACCACCAGCUUGGAGCGGGCAGAAAGAUGCUCUCUCCCAGUUCCUGACAGAACGAAGACACGCACGACGACACGCACGGAGCAGGGGCAGUGUGCUCUCUCUCUCUCUCUCUCUGUGUGUGUGUGUGUGUGUGCUCUCUCUCUCUCUGUGUGUGUGUGUGUGUGUGUGUUUUGUGUGCGCGUGUGUGAGCGGCUGCUUGCCUUCUUCUUGUGGCUGACGCUUGAUCGCAUCACGCCUGUGCACACGAAUAUCCCGAAAGCGAUGAUGCAGGUAGAACACCAUUCCCGCCCGGUACACCGCUCCUUGUUGCAACACUGGAGAGACAAGCACCACUUCACGUGGCCGGUAUGGGCGCUCACCCACCCACCCACUCACUCACCCAGGAAACGAUUGCAUUGAUGAGGAGCGCCAGGACGGCCCAGGGGGCCAAGAGGGAGGCCGCCGCAAAGUCAAGCGCAUACCAGUGGAUGAAGGCUCCGCCGACUUGGACAACAAGUCCACACCACCAAAUCGCAUGCUCGGGCGUGCGGCCUUUCUGCAUUUGCAUGCCAAUGCAGCCGACUGCAUUGGCAGUGACGGUUAAGCCAAUUCCGAGGGCGAGGUCCGUCCGGUGGGCCCAGUGGGAGAGGCACAAAGGGCCGCCUGCGCCAGCUGUGAGCCACACGAAGGCCAGAAGGACGGCGGCCUGGUGUAUCUUCUGCA